AUGUAUGCUGAUCCACCUAAUGUUAUUCGGCUACCACCAACUGUGAGCCUAUCUGAACAAAGCUUCUCUAACUUCUCAUUUGAAUCCACCAGAACAGAUAGUGGGCCUUGGCAACAAGCGGUCCAAUGGCCUACGGAACCCAGUUUAUCAAAAGCAGCAUUCACGACUAGUACAAAUUAUUAUUCACCAGGCGCCUAUGGCCCAUUGCCCGAAGGACAAUGCACAGAUUCUGAUAACGCCAAUGAAAAGAAAUUAGUUUCUUCGCUGAAGCAGCCGGGCGAGCGCAGUGAGCCAAAACGUGUUCGUUAUCGACAUCCUCUGGCGAGCACAGUAAACACGGCGGCUACCUUAGCAAGACGAAAGAUGGUCAAGAAUGCCGCCAGUCUGGAAACAAAGAAGGCCUAG